AACGCUCUAUCUUUCAAUUCACGACCACAAUGUCUCUCCCUCAGCCCGUACCCCCAUCCUGGAAGGACCUCGGCAAGUCCUCCAAUGAUUUGUUGGGGAAGGACUACUACUUCCAGGGAACCUCUCUCGAGGUUAAAACCAAAACGCCAUCCAACGUGACCUUCAAGGUCAGCGGCAAGCAGGACCAGAAGUCCAACGCGAUUAAUGGCGACAUCGAGGCCAAGUAUGCCGACUUCAAGAACGGCCUUGUAUUCACCCAGUCGUGGACCACUUCGAAUAUCUUGCGCAGUCAACUCGAGCUCGAGAACUACAUGGCAAAAGGUCUAAAACUCGACCUUAGCACUGCUCUCCUUCCUGAAAAGGGCUCCAAGUCCGCUCUCCUUAACGCCAUCUACAAACAAUCCGGUGUGCACACCCGGGCUACCCUCGAUCUUUUCAAAGGUCCCACUUUCACCGCUGAUACUGUUGUCGGACGUGAUGGUUUCCUUUUCGGUGCUGAGGCCGCAUACAACGUGACUGAGGGCAGGAUCACUCGUUACGCUGCUGCUGUUGGUUACAACGCUCGCGAAUAUGCUCUUACCCUCCACGGUCUCAGUAACCUGAGCACCUACUCUGCUAGCUACUACCAUCGCGUCAGCCCUGACGUCGAGGCCGGUGCUAAAGCUGUCUACGACACCAAGGCCACCACUCAAGGUGUUUCCCUCGAAGUCGGUGCUAAGACUUUCCUCGACUCAGCCGCAUAUAUCAAGGCUAAGAUCAACAACUCUGGUGUUUUGGCCCUCGGUUACACCCAAACUCUUCGUCCUGGUGUAAAAGCCUCGUUCGGUCUUGCCCUCGACACUCAACGACUAAACGACCUUUCUGCUACCGGGCCCACUCACAAAGUUGGUGCUCAUUUCAUUUUCGAGGCAUAGAGUGUUAUUGUAGCAUAACAUAUUGUGGGCCGAACGUAAUUGGACAUGUUAUACAUUCAUUUUGGUCCCGAACCACUAUUUGCUGC